CCCUUCUCCGGUGGAGCGGUAACCUGCAGUUGAGGUUGUAGCGCGCGGCAAUAGAGGCCGAGCUGAUCAGUCUGCGCGAGUCUCUCGAGCGGUGAACGUCGUUUCUUCUGUUCGUCCCUUUCGGAUAUUCGGAUACCUUCCACGUUCAAUCAACUCGAGCACAAGGUUUUCUACGCACGCUUUACGACCUCUGUUACGUUCGUUCGAUACCGAAUAGAGACAAUUUCUUGGCCCGUUGCUCGACUUCAGUUCGACCAAGGAAACUCAAUUUCCACGGACGCUGAUACAACGAAAACUGUCGAGCACAGAUGGUCAGAGCAUUUUUUGUUCCAGGGUCGUUGCCUGAUAUCGCAGUGACGAUGGCAUCGGGAAGAGAAAUUUACGGUGCAUUCAGCCUAAUCGUGGACGACGUCGACUCUCACUCGAUGUCGAGCGAAAAUUCCGACUUGGACGGUCUGUCGAACGAGAGCAGCUCUCAGAAUUCGUCUACUCAAACACCUUUGGACAGCCCAGGUGGUCCCAGGGAAAGAAUCAAGCAGAUGCAGGUGGAAGCUGAGACUAGAAGAGGAGAGUUUGCGAGAUUGCUCGAAGAACACGCUCAGGUCGUGAGGAAGCUGAAGAUGAUGGAAGCAGAGGAACAGCUCUCGUCGACCGGAAACGUUAUGGGAGCCACGCACGCGUGAUUCCAUUCUUAAUUGGGCAGAACAGUCAUUGGGUUGGGACCACUGCCCUUUCGCGAUUGCAGCAGCACCGAUUCGUUCAAUAAUGGAAAUUGCAGAAAUUUCGAUAAUGGUUGUUGUGCGGGUACAAAAAUACUCGUUCGACGUCAGUGACUUCGGUCGCACCCGAGAAAACAAAGUGUCGACGUAACCCGUAUUUUUGAAACGCGUCUAAAGCGACGAACUCUCUGUUUUUCUGUAAAAGUGAAUUACUGUAAGAGUGAACUUUAACGAAUGCGGUAAAAUUAUGCUUGAGUCGAUGCGAUGAAAAGCGUGGCUCGGAUACGUCGAAUAGAAAGAUCGAAGACGAAUGUCAGGUGAACGACCGUUCGAUCUGAAAACUCGAUCAAGGGGUUACGACGGUGUGACGGACUGAAAAAGCAGAUAGCAGUCAGACAUUUCUCUGUUCGAAAACGAGUAUGCAAUUUUAUCAAAUAUUUAUCGAUUACCUGAAAAUACAUACGUCAAAUUACAAACCUACUUAAUUCUGUAAAAUUUAUGGCCAAUUAGCUUAUCAAUCCACGUAUUCUACGUCAUAAAACAACUAUACCUAUCAAAUUUUGCAGCUCGUUACACUGUCGUAAUCCGCCGCGACGAUUAGUCCCUAAGUACGAGAUUAUCCUUUUUUCUACGCUUCUUUUGAGUUUUACGCGAAGCAACGAGACGUCUUCGCUUCGGUGUUUCUGCUUCUUCUUGUCAUUCUUAGAAACCUCAUUGCGAAGAUCAUGAAAAUAUGAGGCGCCCAAGCGCACUUCUUUUGUAAUAAUGAAAACUUAUUGCGCGAGGCUCGGCUCGAUCGCUCAUCAACGUAGAAAACCAUUGCGUAUCGUUCGAAGUUUGUUUGCUCGAAGAGAUAAUCCUUCUUGUGUUUUAUCGCAAAGUCUGAAAUACUUCUAGUUACGACAAUAAUGAGGAACACUCGGCGUAUUCUCGUAAAAUCUCGAGACAAAGAGUACUAACAAAACCGUUAUUUUAUGUACAUACACAGCAAAAAGAAAAGAAAAAAAAAAUGGUUGGCCUAAGCGUAGUACAAACUUUUGAGAUAUGAACAGCAAAACUUAGUGCUGACCAGGAAACAGUGGAAAGCUUUGGUUCUAGCACUUUGUGUCGUCGACACGCCACCACGUUGAUAGAACAUCGUCAUUUCGCUUUUUAAAAGAAGCGUUGCGAUCGUGUAUAAUCUAGUAAAUCUCGACGAAGUACAAGCUUAUACAUUUUAUAGCGUUGUAUAUUUCAGUGUUCCAUACGUGUAAGUUAGUUUUAUAUACCGUAAGCAUACGUAUGAUAGCAUAGGAUUCUAAGCCUGUCGGAAUACGCGUAGAGCUUUUGUAAAUAGAUUUCUUUCUCAGCGUAAUCCAUCAUCCAAAGUGUUCACCGGCGAAAAGCCUUGCGAUGUAGUUGCACAAUAACGUAACCGUUAUCGAGAAUUCUUUUUAUUUCGUCGAGUAUCGCGAAUAGUAGGAGAUUCGUAUUAAGCAUGGUCCAACAAGGGUAAGAUUUUUCUUGUCUCUGCGUGCAUAUUGCGUCAGGUUUGUAUCCGCAUAAAAUAGGUAUUAUUAGGCAUUUAUAGAAAUAUACACAUAUACAUAUGUAUAAAAAUACAUGAAUAGACUUGUGUUAUAAUGUUAAUAUUAAACUAUAACAGAAACAUUAAGUACGUGUUGAUGCAUCCCAUUGUUAUUCGAACGUCCCUCGAUACUUCCAUCGUAUUUGCGUAACAUUUGAAACGAAGUUUUUGUACGAAAAACAUCUUUUUGAUUCGUUACCGAAAAAAAAUCUUUGUUUUUAUUUUCGUAUAUGUUACGCGACAGUAAUGUUUGUAGUAUUUUAUUAAAAAAUAAAUGUUGUUAUGUUUCAAAGA